AUGUGCGACGCGGACCUCGAUGCCGAAAGAAAAUCCAACAGCUCUCAGCAGGGACAAUUGAAAUCCAAGCGCGGUGGAGAGAAAACAAAGGAUUCUCGAGACUCCACCGCUGCUGCAAUCAGCAGUUCCCAUCCGCCAUCCGCCAAAAAUUUAGGUGCGCCGCCUGCAAGUAACUCAUUGGCAGCAAGCGUCAGCAAGGGUAGCGUCAAUGGUAGCCGUGUAACGAUGCAUUCAAACCUGGUGCCCACGGAAACGCAGGACGUGUCGUGGUCCGAGAUCGAUACACUGGACGAUGUGAAGAAGAUGGCUAAGGAGCCCAUUAUCAACGAUGGGUUCCCACUGGAUUUCGAGGACAAGCUCACACAGAUGCGCCGCUCGCACGCCCAGCUGCUGCGCUUAAUGAGGGAGAGAAAUCAGCGGCUUAAGUGUGCACAACCCAAGCUCUCCACGAAGCUGGAGAGCCCCACUCAGAAGAGCCGAAAUGGACCUGCUACCAUGAACCGGGGACAAGGACUAGAUCAGUUGCUAGACGACCCGGAAAUCGUGCGCGACGGCGAGAAGUACGUAAGCCAAAUUGUUGACACAAUCAAGGGCCUUGACCGGUGA